GGCGGAGGGAGGCGGGGGCGGCGGCGGGAGGCGUCUCCCUCCGCCCGGGAGCCCGCGGGCCGCGCCGCAGCCAGACGGAGCCCGGCGGCCGCCGCGGCAGCAACAGGCGGCGCGCUGGGCUGGGCGCGGGCGCGGGCGGCGCGGGCGCGGGCGGGAGCCGCAGGGGCCCGCCGCAUGGAGGAGCAUCUCAGCCUGCUGAGCUCGCCGCCGCCCGCCGCCCGCCGCCGCGCCCCCCCGGCCCCGCGCCCCCCCGGCGGCGGCGGCGGCGGCGCCCGCACCCUGCUCAACCCCGGCUACGCCGAGUCCGCCGCGGGCCCCGAGCCGCCGCCCGACAUGACCGUGGUGCCCGCGCCCGGGGACCACCUGCUGGAGCCGGAGGCGGCGGGCGGCGGCGGCGGGGACCCGCCGGAGGGCGGCGGCGGCGGCGGCGGCGGGGACCGUGACCGUGACCGCUACGAGCCGCUGCCGCCCGCGCCGCCCGCCGCCGCCGGCGCCCAGGACUGCUGCGGGGAGCGCGUGGUCAUCAACAUCUCGGGGCUGCGCUUCGAGACGCAGCUGAAGACCCUGUGCCAGUUCCCCGAGACCCUCCUGGGCGACCCCAAGCGCCGCAUGCGCUACUUCGACCCGCUCCGCAACGAGUACUUCUUCGACCGCAACCGGCCCAGCUUCGACGCCAUCCUCUACUACUACCAGUCGGGCGGCCGCCUGCGCCGCCCCGUCAACGUGCCCAUCGACAUCUUCUCCGAGGAGAUCCGCUUCUACCAGCUGGGCGCCGAGGCCAUGGAGAAGUUCCGCGAGGACGAGGGCUUCCUGCGCGAGGAGGAGCGGCCGCUGCCCCGCCGCGACCUGCAGCGCCAGGUGUGGCUGCUCUUCGAGUACCCGGAGAGCUCGGGCCCCGCGCGCGGCAUCGCCAUCGUGUCCGUGCUCGUCAUCCUCGUGUCCAUCGUCAUCUUCUGCCUGGAGACGCUGCCCGAGUUCCGCGACGAGAGGGGCGACUUCGAGCCGCCGCCGCAGCCCGAGCUGCUGCGGGAGGACCAGGGCGCCGCCGCCGCGGGUAACGGUACGUCGGGGGCCGGGGCCGCCGCCGCCGCCGGGGCCUCCAGCUUCUCCGACCCCUUCUUCAUCGUGGAGACGCUGUGCAUCAUCUGGUUCUCCUUCGAGCUGCUGGUGCGCUUCUUCGCCUGCCCCAGCAAGGCCGCCUUCUCGCGCAACAUCAUGAACCUCAUCGACGUGGUGGCCAUCAUCCCCUACUUCAUCACGCUGGGCACGGAGCUGGCCGAGCGCCAGGGCAACGGGCAGCAGGCCAUGUCGCUGGCCAUCCUGCGGGUCAUCCGGCUGGUGCGCGUCUUCCGCAUCUUCAAGCUGUCCCGCCACUCCAAGGGGCUGCAGAUCCUGGGCCAGACGCUCAAGGCGUCCAUGCGCGAGCUGGGCCUGCUCAUCUUCUUCCUCUUCAUUGGCGUCAUCCUCUUCUCCAGCGCCGUGUACUUCGCCGAGGCCGACGACCCCACCUCGCGCUUCUCCAGCAUCCCCGACGCCUUCUGGUGGGCCGUGGUCACCAUGACCACCGUGGGCUACGGCGACAUGCACCCGGUGACCAUCGGCGGCAAGAUCGUGGGCUCGCUCUGCGCCAUCGCGGGCGUGCUCACCAUCGCCUUACCGGUCCCAGUCAUCGUGUCCAACUUCAACUACUUCUACCACCGGGAGACGGAGGGCGAGGAGCAGGCGCAGUACAUGCACGUGGGCAGCUGUCAGCACCUGUCCCCGUCCGGGGCCGAGGAGGAGCUGGGGAAGGCCAGGAGCAACUCCACCCUCAGCAAGUCGGAGUACAUGGUGAUCGAGGAGGGGGCCCUGAACCACAGCGCGUGCCCGCAGGCGCCCCUCAAAAUGGGCAACUCCACCCCCACCGCCGCCUGCGCCACGAACAGUAACCCCAACCCCAACGCCUGUGCCAACGUCAAAAAGAUCUUCACGGACGUGUAGCGCCCUGCGCCCGGGACCCGCUGUGCUCCCCGUGGUGUGGACCGUGCCCCCUGGCCUGUGUGCGCCCUUGUUUUUAUAUAUUUCCCGGCCAUCCAUCCAGGGAAGGACGUAAAGAAGCGGAAAGCACACUUCAUCCUCACCCCCCUCCCUGGCGCCUGCACACCGAGACAGGUGUCUGUUUUUGCAAGGGGGCUGCAUUCUCUCAGCGCUCUCUCUCUCUCUCUCUCUCUCUCUCUCUUUUUCUUCCUCUCUCUCUCUCCCUCUCACUAUUGCAAGCAGCAAACUUUGAAUUUGAUUUCCAGGCCACGCCCUAUGGAAGA